AUGUCUAUCAAGAGAUCUUUGGGUGGCGGGCCAGACCCGAAGAAAAUCAAGAUCGACGAUUGGCCAAGCUCGUUCAAGGAGCUGGAGAAUAUCCAUUUCCGGCUCAACUCGUACUUUACGUUUCUCUCGUCACGGAAACAUGUUAUCACAACCAUUGAUCUGCUUAAACCUUCUGUGGAGAAGGCGAUAGGAAGACCGUUGGAAUUGGUUGAUGUUGCGCGGGUUCAGGCGCUUGUUCCGCGAGAUAUUUUGUUCAAGUACGUGGACGAGAGCCAGUUUGUGCUGGAAGAGAAACAUUUUAGCUGGAAAGAUGGGUACGAGCAGAAAGAGUCUGAUAUCUACGACAUCAAGGAGGACGAGCAGGACAAGUUGUCGAAACAGCUGUUGGUUUUCGAGUUUAUUGAUGGCGACCUACGCAAGAGCAAGACGCGUUCGUCGUACGUGACAGAGAUCAGACUGCCUGUGUACACGCAGGACUCGAUCAAAAAGAUGAUUGUUAAGCGGAACAAAAAGUUCCAUGUUGCGGUGGAGGAGUUUCUGACGGCGUGCGCUGCAAAGGGAGAAGAUCCAUGGGACCAGCUUACGAAGAAGGCGGAGAAAAUGGUCCCCAAGCCAAAGGAGUACGUGGACCCGAUCGAGGAGAUGGUGAAGAACACGUCGGAGCCAAACGCAAACGAGACAAGAAUAACUAUCCCGGAACUGAUCCAGAAACUGAAGGAGACUGAUUUCUACGAAAACCAGAUUGUCGAGAACGGCCAGCUGGAGAUCGAGCCGCGGGCGUCGCGCACGGGUGAGCUCGACUUCGAGCUGUCCCCCGUUGUUCUGGAAGCUCUGCGUGCUACCAAAAACAUCGAGUCCUUCUACUCUCACCAGGCAGAAGCGCUCAACCACAUCCACCAGGACCACCACGUGAUCAUCUCGACGUCCACAUCAUCGGGUAAGUCGCUGAUCUACCAGUUGCCUGUGAUCACGGCGCUGGAGCUCGACCCGAGUGUCACGUCCAUGUACAUUUUUCCAACCAAGGCUCUUGCGCAGGACCAGAGACGGUCACUGAAAGAUCUGUUGAACGUGAUUCCUGCUCUUCGCAGCGCGGUCGUCGAGACGUACGACGGCGACACAGAGAAACGCAACAGAGACCACGUGAGGUCGUCUGCAUCGGUCAUCUUCACCAACCCAGACAUGUUGCACCAGAGCAUUCUUCCGAGCCACCAAUACUGGCGACGGUUUCUUUGCAACCUCAAGUACGUUGUGGUGGACGAGCUGCACAUGUACAAAGGCUUGUUUGGGUCGCACGUUGCGUUGGUGAUGCGGAGACUGCGCCGCGUGUGUUCGAUGCUGGGCAACAACGGGUUGGUGUUCAUUUCGUGCUCGGCCACACUGAAACAGCCCGUGCGACACAUGCAGGACAUUUUCGGGCUGCCGACGAACGACAUCGUCAGCAUCGACGAGGACGGCUCGCCGCACGGCGGGAAACACAUUGUUGCGUGGAAUCCGCCGCUCAUUGACGUUGGCGACCCGUUGGCCGGCCGCAAGCCUUUCAUCACGGAAACCGCAAAGGUUUUGAUUGAGAUGGUGCGCAACGGCGUGCGGACGAUUGUUUUCUGUGUUGUGCGCAAAGUCGUGGAGCUGCUGAUGAAGGAGAUCCGGUACUUAUUAACGGCAGACGGCCACACUGAGCUGAUUGGCCGUAUUAUGAGCUACCGUGGCGGAUACUCGCCAAGCGACCGACGCAAGAUCGAGGAGCAGAUGUUCCGUGGCAAUUUGAAGGCCAUCAUCUCAACAAACGCUCUGGAACUGGGUAUCGACAUCGGGUCGCUGGACGCGGUGGUGAUGUGCGGAUUCCCGAUCUCGAUUGCCAAUUUCCACCAGCAGAGCGGGCGUGCGGGCCGAAGAAACAACGACUCGCUCACGUUGCUGGUUGGCGGCGGCGACCCGGUCAGCCAGUACUACAUGAAACACCCCGAGGAGUUUGUCGGGUCGAACUACCCGGACCUGGUGCUGGACUUUGAGAACGUGGUGGUUCUGGAAGGCCAUCUGCAGUGCGCAGCGUUCGAGCGGCCGCUGGACAUCGACACCAUCAACCGGCGGUACUUUGGCAGCCCCGAGCUGGUGAAACAGGUGUGCGAGUCGCGGUUGCAAAAAGACGCAGAUUCUGGUAGCUACCAUUGCAACUCGCGGUUUCUACCGUGGCCCUCCGCGCACGUGUCUAUACGUGCGAUCGAGGAGCAAAUGUACGCGGUGGUGGACAUCACGAACGGCCGCAACGUUGUGAUCGAGGAGGUGGAAGCCUCGCGGACCAGUUUCACUCUUUACGACGGAGGAAUAUUUAUUCACCAAGGUCUGUCGUAUUUGGUGAAAGAGUUCAACGCUGACGAAAAAUACGCCAAAGUGGAGCGUGCCAACGUGGACUGGUCGACGUCGCAGCGCGAUUACACGAAUGUGGACCCAUACGAGAUCGAACGGAUCCGGUCCACCAACUACAGCGACGUGCCCAUCUACUACGGCAAGAUCCUGUCCACGACGGUAGUGUUUGGAUUUUUCAAGAUGGACAGGGACAAAAAGAUCCUGGACGCAGUGGAAGUGAACAACCCGCCUGUUCUGGUGCGUUCGAAGGGCAUUUGGAUCGAUAUCCCGCGCAAGGCGUUGGAGCUGAUUAAAAGCAAGGACCUGAACGCUGCAGGCGGGAUCCACGCCGCACAACACGCUCUGAUGGGCGUGCUCCCGCUGUACAUUCUGUCUGGGCUGGACGAGAUACAGACGGAGUGCAAGGCGCCCGAGAAGGAGUUCGCCAAGCGACAGACCCAGCGCAAACGGCCGGCACGGCUCAUCUUCUACGACAACAAGGGCGGCCAGUACGGGUCCGGUUUGAGUACAAAAGCGUUCGAUAACAUCGACUCUGUUCUUGAGAAAUCGCUACAGAAGCUGGUGGAGUGCGACUGCGACUGGGGGUGUCCGAACUGCUGCGCAGCCAGUUUUUGCAAGGAGAACUCGCUGGUGUUGUCCAAGUAUGCGGCGAUCAUCAUUCUGGCGGUGAUCAUAGGCCAGGAGCUCGACAUGGACAUGAUCCCCAUGGGGCCCGAGCCCAACAUGCCGCAGAUCGACAUCGAGACCAUUAUUCCGGCCGACCUGGGUUCGGUCAAGCUGUCGCCAGAUCUGGAGAUCAUCGACGUGCGCACGGCAACCGCGCCGUUGCAGCCGGUGGUCAAGGAGGAGGAGGAUGAGGAGGGCUUGCAGGUCAAGCUGGAAGACAACCCGGCCGUUGUGGUGUCUGAGGAUGAGUUCAGCGACGACGAUAUAGUCAAGGAAUUGUAA